CGGCGCCGGUCCACUUCCGUUCCCGCCCCUCCAGGCCGCGGCGCCUCGGCACGAUGGUUCCGCCGCACUCUUGGCCCUGCCGAGAGCAGCUCCCUCCCUCCCAGCUCCGAGCGGCCGCCCCGGCGCCCGCCCUCUCCGCAGCCGGGAGGAGCCAGCGCCGCACCAGGGCAUGCCGCUGCCCCGGGCCCGGCGGGGCGGGCAGUGAGCGGGCGGCCGCCGACAUGAGGAGCCCCCGGGAGCCGGGGGAGCCCCCUCCGCAGGCAGUUGAAUGUGUGCAGCUGAAAGUGCCCAUCAUUCAGCAGCUGUACCACUGGGACUGCGGGCUGGCCUGCUCCAGGAUGGUGCUACAGUACCUGGAUCAUUUGGACAAUGAUGAAUUUCAGAAAGCCAUCCAAGAGCUCCGGUUAACAAAGAGUAUCUGGACUAUUGACCUGGCCUACCUAAUGCGGCACUUUGGUGUUAAGCAUAAAUUUUGCACCCAGACACUUGGAGUGGACAAGGGCUACAAAAAUCAGUCAUUUUACAGGAAGCACUUUGACACAGAAGAGAAUCGAGUAAAUCAGCUCUUUGCACAAGCCAAAGCCUCCAAGGUGCUGGUGGAGAAGUGCACAGUAACAGUUCAAGACAUCCAAAAACACCUGUCCCAAGGUCACGUAGCCAUUGUCCUAGUGAAUGCAGUCUUGUUACUGUGUGAUCUUUGCUCAAGUCCUGUCAAAUACUGCUGCUUCCUACCCAUUGGACAGAAGUGCUUCUGCAGGAAUCCUGACUACCAGGGCCAUUUCAUUGUGUUAUGUGGCUACAACACAGCCUCAGGGAGUAUUUACUACAACAACCCUGCCUAUGCUGACCGGACAUGCUGCACCAGCAUCAGAAACUUUGAAGAAGCCAGGAGAAGUUAUGGCACAGAUGAGGAUAUUCUGUUCAUCUACACAGACAGCUGACACCCACAGCUGUUACUUCUGGUCCUUUCUGGUGCAGCCUGCACAGCAGCUGGCUGCUUGUCUCAGGACACCCCCUGCAGAGACCUUCCUCCUGAACUGCAGUGGGAUCUUAAACAAGGGAGGCUUUAUAGACAUUGAUAGGACUAUACUGCAAUGCUGUCUUUACCUUUUUAUUCCGGAUGAAAGAUCUGAUUUUGCAAUGUAUGUCACAGGUUUUUUUUUUUCCCCCUCAUUUUUAACACUGCACAUUUGACAGCAGUUUUGAAAUACAGGCCCAAAGCCUGUUCACUUGGAGCUUAUUUUCAAAUUAUACACAUGAGGAAAAAAAGCACCAAAUUUAUGAACUUCAACACUUGGUAACAGAUUUACUUGCAGGUUUAGGUAAACAAAAGCAGAAAAAAAUAGACAAUACCUGUUUCACUCUCUUUCAAAGCAUCAGGGGCUGAUCUUUAUCCUUAGUCUAGGGAUCUGAGGUUCAGCAGGGAUUUAUGAAACAAAGAAAUGCUGAUGUUAAACCACCUUACUUUCAGAUAAUGGAAUUGCCUUGUUGGCUAAUCAGUAUUAUAGGAGUGAAACAUUUACUCAAGGAAACUUCCCAUGUACAAAAUUCAACUUGCACAGUUUUAGCAUUUAUAAUAGCAUUGGAUUAAGUUUUGAAUAGCUGUUACUGAGAUUGUUCCCUUGCACUGCAAACUCCAUCUCUUUUGGCUAAAUAUUUUUGGAUGACUGUCUAGAGCUCUGUAUUACCCCAAAAGUUUAAGUUACAAUAUUUGUUUGGACCUAGGAGCCUUCACUGCACUUUGCAAAAUCCUCCAGACAAUGUGGCACUCAUAUGUGCAAUUUUCUGAUGCACCCAAAUCUAAAUAUACGUUUAUGAAGCAAAUACAGAAAUCAUCCACACACUAAUAGUGUAUGUUUUGUGUGUAAAUUUUAAAUAACAAGUGAUACUAGAUUGUAACUAAAAUGCUGAAUCAUAUUUUGAGCCAAACUUUCCUAUUUAUGUUCAUUUAGUGAGCUUCUCAGAAGAGCUUAAAUCAAUUAAGAAUACAGGGAAUACAAGCUUCUUUUUGCUAUAGUAACAAAAAACAAAAACAAAACUCAUACUACAGCUGUAUUUGGAUUAAGUGGGAGUUCUGUUCAAACAUUUUCAAGUGAAAUUGUUAGUAGCCCAUUCAUAAUCCUCUCAUGUAUUACCAGGGUUUGGUGACUGUGCUGAGGAGCACUGUAGAAGUGUGGAAAUAGCCACAUACUUCAGAUUUGCCCAUUACAAUUUCUGACAGGUAGGUAAAAUUGUUAGUACUCAUGUACAGCUGGCAGAAUUUUGUUUUGCACUUUAGCCAGAGAUUUCACACCUUUGGCAUGGCUUUAGGAAAGGAACUGUUCAGGUUUUGGAACUGCGUGGAAUAACAAUAAAGGGAUGUUGUUAUUUA